AUAGUUAUUUAAUGUGUCUUUUUUUUUUAACUUACAAAAAAAUCAAAACGAAAAAUCCCUAAAAAGAAAACAAAAAUCCCCAAAAUCGAGCGAGCGCCAUCAUCCCCCCCAAUUCGAAGAAAGUCUCCGAUUUUCAAAGUUUCAUCAUCCAUCGUCUAGGAGCUGCUACACUGAGUGAGACCAUCUGAAGAAUAAUCAUUAAGAGAAGGAAAUGAGCUUUCGAACUGGGGUGGAAGAGUUAUGCAGUGUCUGUUAGUAGUUGUUGCAAGAAGAGUUAGGACAAGGAGACGAAAGUAACAUGAAUGUUCAGGCUCACUUGUCGGGACAGCUAUCUGGGGGGCAGGUUCCAAACCAAGGGACAAUGCCUCCGCAGAAUAAUGGCAACUCUCAAAUGCAGAAUUUAGUUGGUGCUUCUUCAGGUGGUGCUGGUGCUAGUGCUAGUGCUAGUGCUAGUGUAGGGGGCCCUUCACGUAACAUUGUUGGUCCCAUGGACCAUGAUAUUUUGAAACUCCGUCAGUACAUGCAAACCCUUGUGUUUAACAUGUUACAGCAACGGCAACCAUCUCAGGCCGAUGCUGCAUCAAAGGCUAAGUAUAUGGAUGUUGCUAGGCGCUUAGAGGAAGGGCUGUUUAAGAUGGCUGUCUCAAAGGAGGAUUACUUGAACCGGUCAACCCUUGAAUCUCGGAUUACAAGUCUAAUAAAAGGCAGACACUUGAAUAACUACAAUCAGCGACAUGCUAAUUCUUCUUCGGUUGGAAUGAUGAUACCAACUCCAGGAUUACCACAAGCUGGGGGUACUACGAUGAUACCUACUCCAAGAUUACCACAUACUGGGGAUAGUACUAGUUCGAUCGUUACACCCUCUGCUGUUACUACUAUAGCCGGAAACAACACAAGUAAAGCUGUAAACACUGGAAACCUUCUAGCCGCUGGUGGUGGCAUGCAUGGAGGUAAUAUGUCUAGUGGAUUCCAGAAUUCAUCGAGAAACUUCUCUCUUGCUUCAAGAGGGAACAUGGGUUCUCAAAGAAGUAUUCCCCAGAUGAUUCCUACACCUGGGUUCGUUAACAGUGGUACUAAUAACAAUAGUGUUGGAUUUUCUGCCGAGCCCACGGUGGUACCUCAGUCUCAGCAGCAGAAGCAAAGGCAGGAUACUGGUGGUCAGAAUAGUCAAAUGUUGUCUAACCAAAUGACUGCUGGCAAUAGACCGGAACACAUGCAACCAAAGUCGGCUGGUGUGGCCAGUAACUCUGUAAAUGGUGGCGUUGGAGUGAGUAAAAAAAGUGUAGACACAGGGGAAGGUUAUAGAACAACAAAUCCUGACAACCUUGGAUCUAAAAAAUUGCUUGGAGGUGGGACGAUGACAAUUGCUCAGAAUAUUAAAGCAGCAAGUUUCCAGUCUGUAUCCAGAGCUAACUCUUCUCUGCCACAUCAACAACAACAAUUUACGCAACAGCCUAAUCAGAUUCAACAACAGCAGCAGAAAUUUAUUCAGCAAAAGACACUGAAGCAGCAGACCCUGCAGCAACAUAAGUUAAUAAGCAAAGAUGGUUCCGGGAAACCUCAGGUGGCUUCUGACAUGGUUGCAAAUGUUAAACAUGAACCUGGAAUGGAGAACCGUAUUGGAGCUUUGAACUCUCAAGCAUCUGAACGACUCCAGCUUUCUCAGUUCCAGAAUCAAUAUCAGAACUCGGGAGCAGACGCUCAACAUGUCUCAGUUACAAGUCAGCCACUUUCUCAAAAUAGUCAACAGAGUCAGCAAAUAAUGCACCCACAGAAUAUGGGCUCGGAUACUAUCAACAACUUUAGCAACCUUGCUGUUGGAGUAAAAUCAGAAUCCAAUCCACAUGAUCAGUGGCCUUCCCAGUCUCAGGGAAACACUCAAAUGUGUAAUGGUAUGUCAAGUGAACAGAACGUUCAGGAGGAUUUCCGUCAAAGGGUUACCAGAAUAGAUGAAGCUCAACCUAAUAAUUUAACCGAAGGGUCUGUUAUUGGUCAAAAUCAUACUUCUUCCACAUCCGAUUCCCAUAGUCUGCAAAAUGCUACUGGAACGACAUGUAGAUAUGGAAACCGCGAUAUCAAGUUCCAAAAUCAACGGAGAUGGCUCUUGUUUCUACUCCAUGCGCGGACAUGCAAACGGCCAGGAGUGAAGUGCCCGGGCGGAAACUGCGUUACUGUUCAGAAACUACUGAGUCACAUGAACGGUUGUGUAGAACCUCAGUGUGUGUAUCCUCGUUGCCGUCCCACAAAGUCAUUGAUUAGCCACUAUAAAGCCUGCAAGGAUCUCCGGUGCCCUGUCUGUGUACCAGUGAAGACCUACCAUCAGCAGCGUGCUCAGGCCCGUCUAAAUAGCGAAAGCAGUGCAGUGAGCGCAGUGAAUGGAGCUUUAGUAUCAGAUGAUUCACCAUGCGCUACCGAUGGAGCGGUUACUGGUGCCCCUGGCUGUGCUGAUGCUGUAGAUAAUUUGGAGCCUUCAUCAAAACGGUUGAAGGUAGCGCCUUCUUCUCAACCAGUGGUCAGUGAGACUGAAAUUUGUAAAAGCUCCAUUGUUUCCAAAGCAGAGACAGAACUAUCUCGGGAUGCUGAAAGAAAGGAUCGUAUGCAGAGCGAUGCACAUGCGGCACUGAAGUCAGAGAAGUUGGAAGUGAAAGAAGAGAUUCCUGAUAUUUCUGUUCAAGCAGGAUGUGUCAUCAAAGAGAUAAAACAUGAAGCUGUUGAAAAUACUGCCAAGCCUAGGCCUGCCAGUGAACCAGUUCAACAUGAUUUAUCUGGUGCCUCGGUAAAGCAAGAAAACAUAAAAAUGGAGCAAGAGCCGAAGGAAGAAGUUGUGGUGGAGUCUGCUGACGUUGCUGCAUCAAAAUCUGGAAAACCAAAGAUAAAGGGUGUUUCUUUAACUGAAAUGUUCACUCCCGACCAAGUGAGAGAACAUAUACUUGGUCUUCGUCAGUGGGUUGGCCAGAGCAAAGCCAAAGUAGAAAAGAAUCAGGCCAUGGAGAAUUCAAUGAGUGCGAAUUCCUGCCAGUUAUGUGCGGUGGAGAGGCUUACAUUCGAGCCACCUCCUCUUUAUUGUACUCCUUGUGGUGCUCGUAUCAAAAGAAACGCAUUGUACUAUACUGUCGGCGCUGGUGAAACUCGUCAUUACUUUUGUAUUCCGUGUUUUAACGAAUCCCGAGGAGACACUGUACUCGCUGAAGGGACUUCAAUACCGAAGGCAAAACUCGAGAAAAAGAGAAACGAUGAAGAGACUGAAGAGGCGUGGGUCCAGUGUGAUAAAUGUGAGGCCUGGCAACAUCAAAUAUGUGCUCUAUUUAAUGGGCGGAGGAAUGAUGGAGGCCAAGCUGAGUACACCUGCACAAGGUGCUAUAUAACUGAGGUGGAGCAAAAUGAGAGAAAGCCUUUGCCUCAAAGUUCUGUUCUUGGAGCGAAAGACCUGCCAAAAACGAUUCUCAGUGACCAUAUAGAGCAGCGUUUGUUUAAAAGGCUGGAGCAGGAAAGGACCGAGAGAGCCAAGGCUAAAGGAAAAAAAUAUGAUGAGGUUCCAACUGCUGAAGCCCUUGUGGUUAGAGUUGUUUUAUCCGUUGACAAGAAGCUGGAAGUCAAAUCUCGAUUUCUUGAAAUUUUUAGGGAGGAUAAUUUCCCCACCGAGUUUCCAUACAAGUCCAAGGUUGUUCUAUUGUUCCAGAAGAUCGAAGGUGUAGAAGUAUGCUUGUUUGGGAUGUAUGUCCAAGAAUUUGGAUCCGAAUGUUCAUCUCCUAACCAUCGCCGUGUGUAUCUCUCGUAUCUGGAUUCUGUUAAGUACUUUAGACCUGAGAUUAAAUCAGCUAAUGGAGAGGCUCUGCGCACUUUUGUAUACCAAGAAAUUCUUAUUGGUUACCUGGAAUACUGCAAAAUGCGUGGUUUCACGAGCUGUUAUAUAUGGGCUUGUCCACCACUGAAGGGUGAGGACUAUAUCCUAUAUUGCCAUCCAGAAAUUCAGAAAACGCCAAAGUCUGAUAAACUACGGGAGUGGUACUUAGCAAUGUUGAAAAAAGCUGCAAAGGAAGGGAUUGUAGUGGAAACUACGAAUCUAUAUGACCAUUUUUUCUUGCAAACUGGUGAAUGUAGAGCUAAGGUUACGGCAGCUAGGCUCCCGUAUUUCGAUGGUGACUAUUGGCCAGGUGCAGCAGAGGAUAUCAUACAACAAAUGGGUCAAGAAGAUGAUGGUAGGAAGGGAAAUAAGAAAGGAAUACUCAAGAAACCCAUCACAAAAAGGGCUCUAAAAGCGUGUGGCCAGUCUGGUCUGCCUGGGAACACGUCUAAAGAUUUGCUGCUAAUGCAUAAACUUGGUGAGACCAUUCAUCCAAUGAAGGAGGAUUUCAUCAUGGUUCACUUGCAGCACUGUUGCAGGCAUUGCUGUGCACUGAUGGUAACUGGAAACCGUUGGGUUUGCAGCCAAUGCAAAGAUUUCCAGUUAUGUGAUGGGUGCUAUAAGGCUGAACAGAAACGAGAGGACAGAGAAAGGCAUCCUGUUAAUCAAAAGGAUAAACAUACACUGCUUCCUGUUGGGAUCACUGAUAUUCCUGCAGACACCACAGAUAGAGAUGAGAUACUUGAAAGCGAGUUUUUCGAUACGAGGCAAGCAUUCCUGAGUCUUUGCCAAGGAAACCAUUAUCAGUAUGAUACACUGAGGCGGGCAAAACAUUCUUCCAUGAUGGUGCUUUAUCACCUUCACAAUCCAACUGCUCCUGCCUUUGUCACAACAUGUAACGCAUGUCACCUCGAUAUUGAAAGUGGUCAGGGCUGGCGCUGUGAAGUUUGCCCGGACUUCGAUGUGUGCAAUGCUUGUUACAGUAAAGAGAGCGGUGUUAAUCAUCCUCACAAGUUGACAAAUCAUCCAUCACUAGCUGAUCAAGAUGCUCAGAACAAAGAAGCUAGGCAAUUGCGAGUCUUGCAGCUAAGGAAAAUGCUUGAUCUUCUGGUGCAUGCGGCGCUAUGCCGUGCCAUGUAUUGUCAAUAUCCAAACUGCCGCAAAGUGAAAGGGCUGUUCAGACAUGGUAUCCGUUGCACAACACGUGCUGCAGGAGGUUGUGUUCUUUGCAAGAAAAUGUGGUAUCUCUUGCAAAUCCACGCUCGAGCCUGUAAGGAAUCAAACUGCAAUGUACCUCGAUGCGGGGACCUAAAGGAACAUCUGAGAAGGUUAGCGCAGCAAUCAGAAUCACGGCGCAGAGCAGCAGUAAUGGAGAUGAUGAGACAGAGAGCUGCAGAAGUCGCUGGGACCUCCAGUUGAUUAAUUUGUAUAUACUUAUUUCAUUUAGGAUAUAAGUGGAAGUGAAAAACUAAUCUUCUUUCCGAAGGUUAAAGAAGAUGGAAGAAGCUGGUGUCUCUGAGCUCCCCUCGAAGCAAGUUAUAUGGUAAGGCAGCAGAAAUAGAGUGUAUAUAUAUAAUCAACGGAUCACCAACCAAUCAAAAGCUAUAGAGUCUGAAAUCUGAAAUUUAUUUCUUCCUUCUUGCGACCUGACCAAAGAGCAUAAAGUUAAAGCAUCUAUGAAGAUUCUUCUACAUCAGUGGCACUUAGGCUGAGAAACUCUUCAAGUCACUGUGACUUGCUCUUCUUUUUGUAGCCUGGUGUAUUCAUAAAACGCCUUAGCAACAAUCCGCUGACUAUUUAUAAGUAGUUUCUUAACUUUCUAGGCAAGUAAGAUGAAGGGAGUGUCUUCGGAUACGUCUCUUAACAUUUUUGAUGCUCUGUACUAAUAACAUUUUUCAUAUCUUUAAUUCAAAUAGGGUUUUGGCUUUA